AUGGCCGGCGACGACGUCCACCACCCCAAAGAUGCCCUCAAGGCGGGCUUCACCGGCCUCACAAUUGUCGGUACAUCCGGCUUCUUCGUCGCCGCCAUUCACAACGCCCUGCAGGUGAACAAUGUCGGCGCCAUGUCCGUCUUCACCCGCAGCGGUGGCAUCAUCGGCGUUUUCGCUCUCGGCGGCGGUGCCUACGAGUUCACAAAGACCGCGAGCGCCAACCUGAGGCACAAGAAUGACCCUUGGAACUCGGCCAUUGGCGGCUUCGUUGCUGGUUCCAUCCUCGGCAUGACCAGGAAAAGGAUGCCUACCGUUCUCGGUGUUGGCGCCUUGGUGUCCGCAACCAUGGGCGUGUUCGACUUCACCGGCGCUCGCCUGCGUGGCUGGGCCGAGCGCCCCGAGGAGGACGAGUUUGAGCGAAAGCUGGCUCUGCGCGCCAACAGGAGGAGGCCGAUUGAGGAGACGAUCGCUGAGCUCGGCGAAAGGCGAGAACUCAAGACCGAGGGCUACGAUGAGCGGAGGCGCGAGCCCCUGCAGGCGAAGUACGGCGUCGAGAUCAACCCCGUCAAGGCGACAGUCGAGUAG